UUGGCUCAUGGAAAGUUAGAGCCCUCACUUAACUGACAACUAACGUCAAGCGUGACAGAAGCAGACAGGCAGUGCUGUGAGAGCAGCAGGAGGAAAAGGAUUGUUUCUGUAGCAUCCUUUUUCUGACCACACAUACGCAUGGGGAACAAUAGUAGCUCAACAGUGGAUGAUCUGCAGGCUGUUGAGAUCCACCACUGGUACAAAAAGUUCAUGACGGAGUGCCCCUCUGGACAGCUGACGGAGUAUGAAUUUAAACAGUUCUUUGGGCUUCGAGGGCUGGAUCCAGAGGCCAAUGAGUACAUUGAGCAGAUGUUCCGCACAUUUGAUAUGAACAAGGAUGGAUAUAUUGACUUCAUGGAAUACGUGGCUGCCCUCAGCCUUGUUCUCCGUGGGAAGAUGGAGCAGAAAUUGCGGUGGUAUUUCAAGCUCUAUGAUGUGGACGGCAAUGGCUGCAUUGAUCGACAUGAAUUGCUCAACAUCAUUAAGGCUAUUCGAGCUAUUAAUGGUGGUGACCAUGAAACUAGUGCAGAAGAGUUCACCAACCGAGUCUUCAACAAAAUUGAUGUGAAUGGAGAUGGUGAACUUUCUCUGGAUGAAUUUGUGGAGGGAGCAAGAAAAGACGACGAGUUCAUGGAGGUUAUGAUGAAAAGUUUGGACCUGACACACAUUGUGGCCAUGAUCAACAACCGUCGACAUAGUGUAUAAAUCAAGCUGGGAGAAAACGCUGUGCCAAUAGACAGAAGGGUGUGCGCACACCGGAAAGGAGAGACAGCAUUUUUUAAAACAAACAACAUUUUCAUAAACACACAUAUGGAAGUAGGAACAGAAAGACACUGCUGUAUUUGUGUAUCUGAGUGCAUGUUCCUGUACAAAUACUGAAACUCACCCCAUGCAUGCAGGGUAGGUUCAGAAAAACUGAAUAAGGGUGGCAGUAUUUGACCUGACUUCUUCAAAUUUAAAGGCCAAAUUUCAGGGCACAAAUUUCCUCUUUAUUCUGUGUCCCAGAUUGUCACUUUGCAAUGGACUCAAAGUAAUGCUAAGUUUGUGAAAAGCAGUAACAGAACUGGAUGAUGGAGUGUGGAGAAUUUCUGAUGUGUACAAAAGAGGCGCUUCAAACUGUUAUCAAUGUAGAGAACUAUCAAAGGAGUGUAACUUCCACUGUUCUUGUCAUGGUAUUAGAUCAUGAACACCAGUGUAUUUGUCCACACCAGAUGCUCUUGGAUUUGGUAGUCUCUACAGACAUAGCUUUAUUCAUAAGAUCUCAAGACCUGAAAGAAAAAUCAGUCUUUGAGGCUGAUAGUGACAAAUCUGUUCCCAACUGCCCUGUCAGUAAUGCUGCUGUUUGCAGCGUUCUGUGAUCAAAGAACUCUUUACUAAACAAGUCAAUAGUUUAGGGGCAGCUUUUGUAACCAGAGAAAAUAUGCUACUCAGUUACCCAAAGCAAAAGAAUUACCUGAGAGAUCAAAUCUCUUUUACACUCAUUGUCCUACUACUCUCCUCUCAUACAACUGAAUAAAUUAAGUAUGUGGAGAUGAUCCUAAUAUUGUUGCUUCACACAUCCUUUAUUGGUCUUUCUUUUUAUUCUUGGGGAGAAAACCUAAGAAGCAAAAGAAACAACUCAGCAAGGUGGCUUGUGAAUUCUGCUGUCCAUGUAAAUAGUGGAGUGAAGUUGAUACUCUAUAUCAGUGCUGCCACAAAUGACUCUCUGUCUUUGUACACGAUGGGAAGAGUGAUGUAGCAUGGAUAGAAACAGAGCAAACUGUGUCUUGUUCACUAACAUUAGGUGUCCUGGUUUGAGGCCCAAACCACGACAUUAGGUAAGGUCACAAAUAGAAGUUCCUUUGAAUCUGGAGAGAGAACCAGAAGGUAAGAAUAAUGCGGGAAAAGUUCAUCAGAGUGCCUAUGCCAUAAUUGGGCAUGUUUUUCCUGUGCAGGAGGAAGAACUUGCAGACCUGUAACAAGAAGACUUUUGAGUGGACUUAAUCUUGCUUAUAUUUAAGUUUCUGUGAUGUACAUAUGUAUACCGAACAAUGUGUGUAGGCUGUCAUCUAAGUCAAGGGAGAUUUAGUCAGCGUUGUCAGCGGAGCUUGAGAGAGUGAGUGAUCACAUUUAGAGCAGGCACCAGGCGGGGUCUUACUCCAGGUCCCACUGGCAUAUACACGUCUGCAGUCUUAGAGCUUCUGAGAGGAAUCACAACCUGGCUAUUGGCAAACCUUGCUCGGUUCUUCAGAGGAUAUUUAUGAGCGUCUGCUGUUUGACUGCUGCUCCUUUGGACUGAGGAAGGCAGAGAUUUUCAAGACCCUGUUGAACCCGUCCUGUGUCUGUUACCAGUCCUCAGUCUUCUGCAUUUUUUUGAGUCAGUUACAAGUAAAACUGCAUUUUUAUUAUCAUCUGGCAUACAGCUAAAAAACUAUUUUUAGUUCUUAGGAAAGUAAAGAAUUUUUGUAAGUGCAGCAUAUAUUAAAGAAAUCACCAAGAAGUUGCAGCUGGCAGCAGUAUUGCAGCAAGUUGCUAUACACACUGUACAAAAUCUUCUUGAUGUACCUAAAGGAGAAGGACAUGUACACAGUACAUUUGCGGAAAUAAUCCUGAAUAUUUGUAAACAUAGUUUAAUUUUCAUUUUUUUUUAAAUAGACAUUAUAAAAACUGCUUCUUCCUUAGCUGUCAUUGCUGAUGACGCUGGACUAUUUCCUAGCUAAGAUGCAGUUAUGACAUUUGUAAUAGACAAAAAAACCACAUCAUGCUACAGCUACCCUAAGUUGCAGACGUGUCUUUUGUUCUAAAUGUUUCUGUUCUUCUGUUACUGAAUGAUUUCACUGGUUUUUGGCUCUGCAGCCAGCAUGUUCUUUGAGACCAAUCUGGCAGUAUAUGUGCCUUUGUCAAAAGCUAUGGGAAGGGAGACUGGGGAGGGGAAGAGGAAAUCUCUGUAAAGGGGAGAUAAUUGUUUUCUGUCCUACUUGUCUUUCUUUAUACAGUUAAGAUUAAAAAAAUGUACAAUAAGCAUAUAUUGGAACUGUUCCCUUUGAUAGAAGAAUUGAAGAAUUAGGAGCAGGAGAAUAGAAUCUAGAGCUAUGGUUUGGAUUCAACACAUUAGGGUUUUUGAAUAUCUCCAAGGAUGGGAACUCUGCAACUUCUGUGGGUUAGGGUGAGGGUUUUGAGUUAGGGGUUUAGGACUAGGGAAUGUGAUUAGGAUGUUAAGUGUUGAAGUUAUCACAUUGGAUGCGCUUGUCAUGGACUUGCAUGGACUUUCUCUGUGAUUGUGGUGUGUGGGUGUGUGGAGUGAGGGCAUGUCCCAUGAGCCUUUGAAAUCCUUUUGCCCAUGACCCCUUCCUCAGGCCACCAUGUGGGUAAUGGUGGAAGGACCCAGCAUGGAGAUGUCACAUCCUCCAGGAUCAUUUAAAAACCCUGCCUAACACCUAUCCCCAGGACACUGGAGCAGGUUACCCAGAGAGAUGGUGGAGGCCCCAACCCUGGAGACAUUCAAGGUCAGGCGUGAGCAAUCUGAUCUAGUUAAAGAUGUCCCUGUUCCCACGGGGGUUGGACUAGAUGGCCUUUAAAGGUCCCUUCCACCCCAACACACUCUGUGAUUCUAUGAUUCUAUGACACGGUAGAAAUCGGCUUAAAAAAAUGCCUUCAAAUCAAAAUUUAGACCUUCAGCUCGGAUUUCUCCUCACUAACUCUGAGCAUUGAACAGAUAUCCUCUUGUUCUAGUCAGGAGAGUUCCUCUGCAGGCAGCUGCCUUCCCACACAGUGAUGCUCCAGUGCCGGCAUCAGUUCUGGCUCCGCUGCCUGUGGUUCUGCCUGCUCUGGGCUGGCCCCUCUAGGAAGGGGAAGCAUCCAUGACUUUAGGAAUGGGGACGUUUUCAAGAAGCAGCCCUGUGUUUUUUGAAACCUUCUGAGAGCUGGGGGCUGAGCGGUGCUUGGUGCUCGGAUCUCGGUGGGACCUGAGCACCUGCUCUGACUGAGACUGCCCUCCCCGCAGGGCCUCUGCUGUCUGGCCAUCCCCAUGGGCUCUUUGGUCCAGGGAGAAAAGGGGUGGUGUGGACGAGGGAAAGGCUGUGGAUGUUGCCUGCCUAGACUUUACUAAAGCCUUUGGCACAGUUUCCCACAGCAUUCUCCUGGAAAAAUUGGCUGCUCAUGGCUUGGAUGGGCAUACACUUUGUUGGGUGAAAAACUGGCUGGAUGUCUGGGUGCAAAGAGUGGUGGUGAAUGGAGUUCAAUCCCCUCGGUGGCCGGUCACAGCAGUGUUUGCCAGGGCUCAGUGUCGUGGCCACUUCUAUUUAAUGUCUUUAUCAACGACCUGGAGGAGGGGAUCGAGUGCACCCUCAGUCAGUUUGCAGAGGACACCAAGUUGGGCGGGAGUGUUGAUCUGCUGGUGGGUUGAAGGCUCUACAGAGGGAUCUCGACAGGCUGGAUGAAUGGGACGAGGCCAAUGGUGUGAGGUUCAA